AUGCCAGCAAACGGCAAGCCCAGCACUGGGCGAUUCGAAUUGCCUCAACUUACCCCCGUUAACUUCUCCUUGACUGAUGGCACGAAUAUCCCGCCUCCGCCCGCGUCGCCCAUAGAAGAGAAAGCUCCUGCUGUCGCGCCCGAAUCAGCCUCCAACGGCGCUGCUGCUGCUCCUCCAGCGACGAAUGGCCAAUCCGCGACAGCCACGAAUGCGAAUGGAGCGUAUGAAGGAAGAGGGCGCACGAACGUAUCGAUAGAGCAACAGCCCACGAGCCCCGUCUCGACGAAGAGGCCGAGCAGCAUUCGCCGAUUCCUGUCGAGGAAGUCGCUCAACACGAAUUAUACAAAUGGCACGAAUAGCAAUCUGUCGAACGAGGAUGUGACGAUGAUUGAUAGGCCGGAGAGCGCGAUGAGCUUUGCGAGUACAAGACCCAGUAUCGCGAAGAAGAAGAGUGGAGGUUGGUUCAGGCGAUUCAGUAGCAGUGGUGCUCCCAAUCCCGACGAUAGGUCUCCAAGCAGGGCGAGCAUCAUAUAUGAGGACAAGCAGAGUACACCGAAACCAAUGGGUCCACCGCCACCGAAGCUGCCGGAAUUGAGCAAAUUGAGGGCGAAGAUUCCCGACAAUGAUGAUGGAAGUCUCGGUGCGGAGGAUAUGUUCAAGAAUAUCAAGUAG